CAGUCUACCUCGAAUCAUCAACACGUCAUAUAAUGUUUCAGCAUAGGCCCCUCCCCCUGUCUCCUUUCCCCCUCGCUCUACCUCUCCUUUGACUCCUGGACAGAGGCGGCACAACACUGGUGCGCGGACCGCGGAGGGCACGGGCAGAAGAUGGCUGACGAAGCCCGGCAGGGCAAGCCCUCGGCGGCAUCGCCAGCUUCCCACGGGCCGCUGAGAAGCCGCAAGACAUCCGCCGUCCGGCGCGUGUAAAGAGGAGAGAAGUAUCGGCGACAAAACAUGGCAGAGAUGGAAAAAGAAGGCAGACCUCCGGAAAAUAAAAGAAGCCGAAAACCAGCCCACCCGGUGAAAAGGGAAAUUAAUGAAGAGAUGAAGAGUUUUGCAGAGAACACCAUGAACGAGCUGCUGGGGUGGUACGGCUACGACAAGGUGGAGCUGAGGGAUUCAGACAACUUGGAUAUAGGCGAAACACCGCAGCACAUUUCUGUCCUUAAAGAAAACUUGUUGCCAAAAAUUCCAGCUUCAAGACAGAGCAGCGCAGUUUCUCUGGAUGGAGCCAACAGCUCCCAGUCUCUGCUAAACUCCAGAAAUGGAGUGUCAGAGCACCCCACUAUACACUCCACCUCUACAACCAGCACCAAGGAACAUGGCAACCAGCCCAUCACUGUCCCAGUGAUACCCCCGCCACUGAUCAAGCCCCCAACAGAUGACGAUGCAAUCAGUGUACAGAUCAUGUGCGCCUGGUGCCAGAAGAUCGGCGUCAAACGUUACUCUCUGAGCAUGGGGAGUGAGCUUAAGAGUUUCUGCAGCGAGAAGUGCUUUGCUGCCUGCCGCCGAGCCUAUUUCAAGAGGAACAAGCUGGGAUAUAGAAGGAGUUACACUGCGAGAGACGACGAUGGCCUCGGUGGGAAAUUACUCCAGCACAGCUUUACUCAGGACACGCCCAGGCUUGUCUUCAAGACAAACAGCGAUGUACUUGUAUGUGACUGGUGCAAGCAUAUCCGCCACACUAAGGAGUAUCUCGACUUUGGGGCUGGUGAACGACGGCUGCAAUUUUGCAGUGCCAAAUGCCUGAACCAAUAUAAGAUGGACAUUUUUUAUAAGGAGACCCAAGCAGCACUGCCUGGAGCUCUCUGUAACCCAGGACAUGGGGUUGGAGGUGAGGGUAAGGCAGAGUGCAGUGGUGUACAACUGCUCACCCCUGAAUCCUGGGGAACACCUUUAUCAGACAUUCGCCGUAAAGCUCCCUCACCUGGAGGGCUUCCCAACUCUUCAGUUCCCUGCACUUCAUCUGCCACCUCGUCCUCAGAUGCUCUUUGCUCUCCAUCCUCCUCUUCCUCCUGUGCCAAGAUCCCCACACCUCGACCCCAUGAAAACUCUACACUCCCACCCCCUCCCAUCCCUACUUUGCACCCAGCUGUUGGGGUCCCUCUAGGGAGUCCUCCAAUGGUGAUGACUCCACGGGGGCCAAUGCCUUUGCCUCUAUUUAUGGAACAUCAGAUGAUGCAGCCGAUCCGGCCGCCAUUUCUUCGUCCAUCUGUCCAUCCAGGUGGACCCAACAGUCCCCUGUCAAACCCCAUCAUCCCCGGCAUAGGUCCCCCACCUCCUCCUAGGGCUCUCGGUCCUGCUUCUAGCACCAUGCACAGACCCAUGAUGUCCCCUCAUGUCCAUCCCUCAUCCAAUCCCAAUCCUGGUAUGAUCCCUCCUCACCCUGGUGUCCACAUACCAGGAUUUCCCCCUUUCCCCCCAGUCAACAUGAUGCCCAAUGGACACAUCCCUUUGCCACCAAUGAUGAAUUAUGGCAUGCCAUCCUUAGCCCCUUUAGUACCGCCACCAACCCUUUUGGUACCUUAUCCUGUCAUCGUACCCCUUCCAGUCCCAGUUCCCAUUCCAAUUCCAAUACCUUUCAACUCCAAAUCUUCCAGUUACCAGCCAGAAAACAGUGACCCUCUCUCCAGCGCACCUUUAUCUUCACAUGUUUCAGCAUCUGGGCUAUCUCAGUCUCCAGGACCUUCUGGAGGAGAGCGACCCAAACAAAGACAUACUGAUGGUGUAGAGUGUCUCUCUCCUGGAUGCCCAGAUAGAAACAGGUCGGCAGUGACGAACAUGACUGUGAAGGUAGAGAAUAAUAUGAGAAACAUAUGCCCAACUGGUGACAUUGAACAGCUGGAAGGAGUUAUUGAUCUAACUGUAAGCCAGAAACCAUGCCAACAGCACGUCAUUCAGAGGAUUCUGCCUAAGAUUCAUGUCAAAGUAGAGGCAGAGGUUGAGUCAAGAUCUUCACCAGUUGUUAGGCUCGAAAGGGAAGUCAAUGGCUGUCAUGAUCUAAGUGAAGGGGCUGCAUUACAGCAACCCCUCACUAAUACUGAGGUGUUGGUGGCCACCAUCAUAGAAACACUGGAAACAUCUAAUCCAGCUUCCAAUAAAAAAAGCUCUUCUUUCAACACUAAUAUUGAAACCAACAUCACCCUACCACCUGCUCCCAGCACACCAAGGACCCUACCACAACCUCUUCCACAGAUACAAACUAACCCUGCUGCCUCAUGUAAUGUCAUUGUCAAUGGCACAGGGUGGCAUUCACUUCAUAGUCCUACUUUAAACUCGGACAAAACAGGAGAUAAGAUCAUAUCCGAGGGAAAUGCAGGGCAGCACCUAGCAAAUGGUGAGUUGGAACGAGAAGCCCUAAAAGAGAAUAACUGUUCCUUGAGAGAUUGUGAAUCUGUGAAGCGUGGAUCGACGCAAGACCAGCUGGUAGAGGCUACGGAGGGUAAGCCAGACCCUGACUCCAACUUGGAGGAGGGUGAACAUGCUUACAACCUGCCACUGUUAUCUACCGAUGCUUGUGUGGUUAUCCAGCCUGUGCCAAAGCCAGGAGCUGAAAAGACAGCCAUCCUGUCCUGUUCCAUCAGUGCACCAUUAGCAGCUGCUGGAAGCCCUGAGCUGGAGCCCCCAAUGAAGAGGAGGUGUUUGCGAAUCCGCAAUCAAAACAAAUGAGAUGGAUACUCCAAGGACCGCUGUGCCAUCCACACCACAACCCACACUGCAUACACACAAAUGCACGUGUACUUGUGCUCAUCCAAUCUACCAGCAUCACAACUCGCCUUUGACUUCCUCAAGUCAAUGAAACAUGCGUAUCAUAGAAAAGAUGACAGCACCAUGUAACUGAUGCUAUCAUGGAAAGUCUUGAGGAAUCUGUCAGUGGGACCAACUGACAGAAAAUCUCACUGCACGGUCCCAUGUACAGUAACUUCACCAAUGGUCCCUGUUGAUUCAGGUGUUCUCCCCAUGUUCUAUUAUCUAUCGAGUCCACCAUGGUGUGCAAGGCUGUUUGUUAGGAGUUAUUAUUUUUAUCCAACUGCACUGUGGUUCAGUGAAGUCACACAACACAUAGAAAUGAUUGCUGCAGUGUGUUACUGUAGCUUCACUCAGUUCUAAAAACAGAAUUGUUGCUCUCUUUUUUAGGCCUUAUUAUGACAACCAGAAAAGUGCACUUGGCAACCCAAUACUGUUUUCUGAUUUUGAUGGGGUAGCUGCAAAUAUCAACAGUACAGUGAAUGCACCCUGACAAAUGAGUCUAUGAAUAAUCAUACACGAAUAUUAACACAGCAAAGACGACAUCAAGGUAUUGUGCAUCCUCUGUUUUUAUCUGUGGCUUUCAUUUGUUUUGUCACUGCAUUUAGCGAAUGAAUACAGACCCCUGCUGUUUGAGAGCUGUGAAGGCAUGGCAGCCUGUAAAGGGGAGACUCCACUGCAGGCUAGUACUUUUCUAUAAUACAUUAGCAGUGCUGUUACUGUCACAGGGCCCUUUGAGAGUGAUGCUCUGAAUUGCGACAGGGCUGAGAGAAGCCAGCUUUUAUAAAUAAUUCUCUUGGCACCUGCUGAGCAACAGAAAUAUUAUUAAGAAGAAUAAGUGUUUGCCUCAUGCUUGACAUUUCAUCUCAUCUUUUAUUUAUUGCCAAUUUGUUUAUUUGUUAAAUGUAUGUUUUAUAUCGCGGCACGGUGGUCGACUGGUUAGAGCGUCAGCCACACAGUUCUGAGGACCCGGGUUCAAUCCCCGGCCCCGCCUGUGUGGAGUUUGCAUGUUCUCCCCGUGCCUGCGUGGGUUUUCUCCGGGCACUCCGGUUUCCUCCCACAUCCCAAAAACAUGCAUUAUUGGGGACUCUAAAUUGCCCGUAGGUGUGACUGUGAGUGCGAAUGGUUGUUUGUUUGUAUGUGCCCUGCGAUUGGCUGGCAACCAGUUCAGGGUGUACCCCACCUCCUGCCCGAUGACAGCUGGGAUAGGCUCCAGCACGCCCGCGACGCUUGUGAGGAGAAGCGGCUCAGAAAAUGAAUGGAUGCAUGGAUGUUUUAUAUCCAAUUCCAGAACAAGCACCAUCCAUGAUCUUGGAUUGAGUUUAGACGUAGACUACUGCGGAACUUUUUGCCUGUGGCAGGAAAUAAUAUUUUAUCAUAUGCCAUUGGCUUGUGGUGUGUUAAAAGAAACAAAACACCUUGCUAAAUUGAAAAACAGACAGAUGAAUCUGUGUUGCCAAAAUAUCAAGUACUUACUAUACAAUUAAAUGCUCGCUGCAUGUGACAUGACUAAAGAGUUUACAUAUUCUUAUUUUUCAUUUUUCUUUCUUUCUUUCUUGUUUUUUUUUUUUUUUUUUACUGUUUGCGUUUUAACUGCCAUAGUGAGGCUUUUAUAUGUUCAAAUGAGCCCAGAAUUUCUGGAUUUUACGUAUUCCUGGAAUAGCACAUCAGUAGUAUGCAUCCUCAUCCAGUAAAUGCCGUAAAUUUCAUUUUGUGAGUGGGAUGUGCAGGGGAGGUAGGUGCAAGCAGAAGUUGAGAUUGCAGAGUGCAAUCAUCUGCUGCCUGUUAGUCAUGCAUUUAGCUUCACAUAUCUGCUUGCCAAGGCCUUGUUUUGAUGUCACUUGAAGCAUUUUCUUUCACUUCUCUCCAAUCAAUGUCAAUGCCAGUGGAAAAGAUCCUUCUGAAGCUGCCCUCUUCUGCUUGUUUCUGCAGUGUGCUUUUCCUGUAUUCUAUUAAAUACCACCGUGUUCAUAAUAAUGUAUACGUUAUCAGAAGGGAGCUUAAACAUGUUAUUUGAGCCAUGUUAAUAAAACUGGCUCGAAAAUGCUUUUUUCUCAACUUUUAAUCAUACUGUCCAUCAUGAUUUUGUCUCACAUCAAACUUAUUUGUCUAUAGUUGGUUAAUUAAAUGGUUUUGAGGGUCACCUACAGUAAAGAACUCCAAGUUUGAAACCAUUUGUGUAUACUGGGUUUUUGAAGCAUACAUUCUGUGUAUACAGUACCGCAUAAGCUAAGCAUGAAAGGCCGUGCGACAUUCCAAGAGCAAAGAGUAAAGGUGUUCUUACAUGGCAUUGUAGAUUGAUCCAUGUUAGUCCUGCCAGUAUCAGGGUAGAAUGAUGAAUGACAGUUUUUACUUUAAUCACAGAAUGGACCUUUCCAAUAAAGACACCCUAGGGGCAAUAUCACCUCUAUACAUGACAUACACAAAAGAUAAUGUAAACAAAAACAGCCUUAUGUGGUCUGGGAUAAUAUAGUGAAACCUCCAAGGUUGACACACGGUCUUUUCGAGAAGGCUAGUUGACCUCUGAUUUGUUGGUACAGUAUUCAGACUUUAAAAAUUAUUCCCUGGCUCCAACUGUUGCUGCCAUAACACUUUUAUUAACUGUUCAGGCAUUGUUUAAAGAAACAUUUUACAUAAAGUGCAUUUCACUUUGUUACAUUCUUAACUGUCGCAUAUUAAGGUAAAAAAAAACAAAAUUUCAACCACUGCUAAAUGAAAUGUAAAAACAAUACAAUUUGAAACAAUACAAUUUAAUGGCACGUGAUGUAUUGACUAACAAACUAAACAGCUAAUAAAAAAAGACCAAAGGCAUCUAAGUUUUCCUGAGUGCAUUCUGUUUCUCUGCAUUCAUUAUAAUUGUCCACUUACGUUGCCAUAUUGUGCUGUGCAGUCAGGACAUAGCUAUGUGUAUACUGCUUUGUGUGCCACGCGAGAACUACUUUAAAAUAAGUUUAUUAUUUCUUUCCGGUUUUAUGGUCAUCAACACAUUUUUCUCUUUGCUUCUUACCCUUCUGUGAUGGCAUGUAUAAAAGCCAAAGAAAAGGCAAAAACCACGUGAAAUUUCUGCUCACUUGACUGAAGUCCCACAAGGUUGGUUGAGGUUAUGUAUGAGUGCAUGAUGACAGUUUGACCUAUUUGGAUUUUUGUACUACUUUAGAGAGGUAUUUCCCUCAAUAUUUAAGUAAAGUUCUGAAUUAUAUGACUUCAGGGUCGUUCAACUUCGGAGGUUCGACUGUAUUACAGCGGAGCUGAGCAUACAAUUUAAAAAUUGGAAAUCAUGACUGUCCAAAUUGUGAAAAAUCUGUGUACUCCAAAGUCUAAUUAAAAAUUUAGAGGGCGUAACUCUAAAUUUUUAAUCUUUGUGCCAAACUAAGCUAAGGAGCUGCAGCUCCAUUUAUUUUCAACAGGAAAGUAAGAGAGGUGAAAUUUUGAAAUGUUUACUUAAACAUUCAAAAUUUCAAUUCCUAAAAACAAAAGGCUUGUUGACAUUUUCUUUCCAGAUCAUCUUUGUCAUCAUCACGUGUCAUAUAAUUUUACAUUCUUGGAGCUGCAAUCACUAAUUGUAUUCAUAUAUCUUCUAUUUCACCUCUUUAAACACACAAGCACACACACACACGCACAUCGUCUCUUUCUCUCUCUCUCACAAACAAGAACACAAAUAGUUAGUCUGUUGUUAAUUUGCAUAAUAUUUUGGUGGGUGCCAUAGUAAAAUGUGUUGCUGAAGAUAUCCAAGUACUAUUACAUGACAAUGCCGCUUCACUGAAUCAUUGUUAUGGUAAACAAGCAAAUCUUAUCAAUCUGUUUAGAUGAUAGACUGCAGGCCGAGUACAUCACCAUGAAUUAUGCAACGACAACCAACCCUAAAAGAGACAAGAAAUCAAAAACUUAAACUUUUUUCAAAAAAAAAAAAAAAAAAGAGAAGUUGCCUUAUCUCUUGCUUGUAUAAUCUCUACAGUUAAGACAAUGAUGUUCACACUUUGAAGAGGACUCUCCUUUCUUUGUACUAAAUGAAAUUUACCAGAAACAGUUUUGUUCUUUUGUGUCAAUGUAUAGAUAAUCAUCUUUUUUCCUGUAACUUGUAUGUCUCGUCACACUUUUGCUCUCAACCCAAUCGUCCUUGUGACCAAUCAUCCAAAUUACCUUGUGGUGAACUGUCAAUCUUUUUGUGUACAUUUUAGAUUAUUAUUUAUUGUUGACAUGUUUUGCAUUUGCAAAUAACAAAACGCUGACAAGGGUUUGAGCGGAACCUUCUAGUUCAAUGUAAAUGCCUGGCGAAGAGUGAAAUUCUUUUGUAAUUAUUAAAAUGGAGGAAAGAACAGUAUGAGAAGCUCUUUUUAUUAUGUGGCCAAAGUUGCUUUGGAGAACAACUUUUUUUGUGUUGUAAAAGUAUUUGUUAGUGAAUUGCUUAUGAAGAAAAAUAAAUAAUAGGCGCACA